AUGCGAUUCGCGAAAGUGCGAGACGGCCUCGCAGGCUGGCAGUGGGGUCUCUUUCACGUACUAAUUUUCUUCGGAGCAAUGCUUUCGGGUUACGAUGUUAGCAAUGUCGCGACCAUUCAGGUAUCCAUAUACCGCGCAUAUGGACACAUCGAUCUCCUCCCUUGGGUUGUCACAGCCUUCUCCUUGGGGAAUGCGGCAACAAAUCCCAUCUUUGACCAGAUAAUGAAGCUUGUAGACUUGAAGUGGUUUACGCUCGGUUCAUGGAUGCUCUUCGUGGUUGGCACUGCUGUCACUGGUGCUUCCCCGACUAUUGAAGGCGUCAUCGUCGGCCGCACCCUUCUUGGUAUCGCUGGAGGAGCUGGUUACAUAGCAUUGUUAACCUACAAUACGAUCCUGGCGAAGCCCGCUGAGCAUGCGAGGGUUAACGGGUUGAUAGGCAUGGGCUUCGCCGUCGGCAUAAUCAUUGGCCCAAUUAUCGGAGGAGCUUUCGCAGAGAACGAGCAUGCUACUUGGAGAUGGGCAUUCUACAUCUGCCUUCCAUGGCUAGCGAUUCUCAUACUUUUGACACUGCUCGCGUGUCCCAACGUACGCUUGCGCCCUCAACAAAGCGUCCUCAAGGGACUGGGCCAGAUCGACUGGGUCGGUGCAGGCUUGCACAUAGCCACGCUGGUGCUCUUCGACGCAGCCUGCAUCUUUUCGGGAUCGACCUUGCCAUGGAACUCGGGCGUCAUUGCCAUAUGGGUGCUCUUUGGUGUCUUCCUCAGCCUGUACACUGUUCAGCAGUCGCUGAGCCUGUUCACGGUCCCCACCAGGCGCAUUCUCCCUAUUGGCGUCAUGACACAUCGAACCGGCCUUCUGGUCAUGCUAUGCACUGUCUUCGCCGCUUGCGGAUACGGUAUUGCAUUGUACUACCUGCCGCUGUUUUACGCCUUCACACGAGGCGACGAUGCGAUCCAGACAGCCGUCCAUAUGCUGCCCUACAUCUGCGUGUACAUCGCAGCAGUCAUCGGCUCGGGCGUCUUCCUGCCCAUGGUGCGCCGGUAUGCGGCACUGUAUGUGGUCGGUGGAGUGCUGAUAGCGGCCGGUUCUGGAGCCAUGAUGUCGGUCAACCAAGACACGUCUCUCAGCCAGACCAUGGGUAUUGGUGCCAUUAUCGGAUUCGGCGUCGGCUUGACCAUGCAACUGGGCGCAAGUAUCAUGGCCCUGGCGCUUCCGGACAACAUCCGCAUGGACAGCUCCAUCGCCAUGAGUCUGGCCCUGUACACUGGAACCACAGUCGCCCUCGCCAUUGCGGGCUGCAUUUUCCAAAAUAUUGGCUUCCAAUUUCUUUCCGAGGCUCUAAGCGGGUCGGGCUUCUCAGCGGCCGAGAUCCACGAAGCGCUUGCCGGCGUCGAGUCUCCGAUAUGGGCCGCGUCCAACGGUGCGGACCUAAGAGCUGCCAUCGCAGCUGUAACCUCGGCAAUCAUCAGGCUGUUUUACCUAAGCACGGUAGCGGGAGCCUUGAUGGUCGUCUCUGCCUUUGUCAUGAAAUGGGAGGCUCUUGACUUCAAGAAGACGGCAAAGAAGAAGGCCACGGUUGAAGACGGCCAACAAACUGCUUGA